AUGAGAGCAUUAUUGGAUUCUCAUAGUAAAAUCAGGUGUGGUGGAGAAACAAGAGUAAUUCCACAUAUUUUGAGUAUACUAACAUUUUGGGAAAGAAAAAGUAGUAAAAGAAUGCUUGAUGAAGCAGGUGUUAGUAGGGUUGUUCUUAAUGAUGCUAUUGGAGCCUUUAUAUCAGAAGUUAUAAUAAAACAUGGUGAUAAGGCUGAUAUUUAUUGCAAUAAAGAUCCAUUUAAUAUGAAAUAUGGUAGUAGAUUAAAGGAAAUAUUUCCGAAAGGUAAAUUUAUUUUGCUUAUCCGUGAUGGUAGAGCUUCCGUUCAUUCAAUUAUGAGUAGAAAAGUUCCAGUUGAAAGUUUUAGUUUGUACAAUCAAACUAAAUCAUUGGAAGCAUGGAAUGCUAUGAUUGAUAAGAUGGUUUUGGAAUGUACAUAUUUGGGUAAACAUUCAUGUUUAAUGGUCCAUUAUGAAAGAUUAGUUCUAUUUCCAAGAGAAGAAUUAAUGAGGAUUGUCAAAUUUUUAGACAUUUCAUGGGAAGAAAAUUUAUUACACCAUGAAGAGCUUAUUGGUAGUGAAGUCAAAUUGAUAGAAAGUGAAUGGAGUACAGACCAAGUUAAAAAAUCCAUUAAUCUUGAUGCAUUAUAUAAAUGGAGUAACUUUUUUAAUCUUUCUGUUUUAGAAAAUAUAAAUGAAAUUGCACCAAUGAUUAAAAACCUUGGUUAUCCCACAAAUACAAACUAUCCAAAUUAUAAUACUCUUCAGAGAAGAGAACUAUAA